AAAUGUGAACGAGAUAGAUUUCAAUGCGACAAUGGCCGGUGCAUAAGUUGGAGGUCAGUUUGCAACGAGGUGGAUAAUUGCGGGGAUGCCAGCGACGAGGAGGAGUGCCAGCGGGUAUGCCAAAUUCAAAAAGAAUUCCAAUGCCAGCGGGGUGGAUGUGUGUCUGCUUGGAAGAGAUGUGACGGACAGCCGGAUUGCUUCGACAAGUCCGAUGAACUCCAAUGCGAUCGCUGUAAUGUCGACAAGCAGUAUCAGUGCACGAAUGGACAAUGCGUUGACAAGCAGAUGCAAUGUGAUGGGAGGAAUGACUGUGCUGAUUGGUCGGACGAACUGGGAUGUGGUUAG